CUUCCUUCCAUUCGACUCCACACUCCACUCGCUCCCACCUCACCUCGCCCUCGCCUUUUUAGAGAGAGAAAGCACCGGCUCCCCCAGCGAGCUAGAGAGAGAAACGCAGCUGCACUUCCCCCCUUCCGUCCCCGGCAGGAGUGUGAGCGAGAGAAGGCCGUUCGAAGGGAGAGCGGCGGUGAGAGAGGAGAGUGCGGCAUGGAGAGGCCGGCGCCGGUGAGGAAGUCCCACACGUCGACGGCGGACCUGCUGAUCUGGCCGGAGGGGGCGCCGCAGGAGCCACUCGCCGGGGCCACGCCGCCGUCCAACCGCCGGCCACACCAGGUGAGCGGUCCCCCGGUCCCCCUCGGGGCGCCGCGGGGGCGACCAGCCUCCGUCGUCAUUGUUGAAGGAGCAGGGUGUUCGACUUGUCUGAACUUUUUUUUUUCUGUUACCUGUUCGGUGCAGCCGUCGGAGGCGGUCAGGAAAGUGGUGUUCGGCGGGCAGGUGACCGAGGAGGAGUUCGAGAGCCUCAACAAGAGGAAACCAUGCUCUGCUCCCAAGUGGAAGGAGAUGACAGGAAGUGGCAUAUUUGCAGCUGGAGGCGAGGUUGAAGAAGAUGAAUCUGCCAAUGCCUCCGCAACUCCCAUCCGAACGAAUCCAAAGAACUACCAGGCAAUUAGUACUAUAAGCCACAUCUCAUUUGCUGAGGAAGAAAGCAUCUCUCCAAAGAAGCCGACUUCCAUAGCUGAGGUGGCGAAGCAGCGGGAGCUAAGUGGCACCCUUCUGAGCGAGGAUGAAAGCAAGAUGAAGAAGCAGAUAUCUGACUUGAAAUCCAAGGAGCUCAGCGGCCACGAUAUCUUUGCUCCUCCAGAAGACCCGCGGCCACGUAACUCGGAGAACGGCUCGACCUCGCAGACACCGGGCAAAAACGCAUAUGUAAGCAACUUCAAGUUUGGUGAAGCCGAUGAAGACAGCGUGGUGAAGACGGCGAAGAAGAUCCCCACGAAGAAGUUCAGCGACCUGACUGGCAACGGCAUCUUCAAGGGGGACGACGUCCCCGGGACGGCGGAGAAGCACCUGAGCACGGCGAAGCUGAAAGAGAUGACCGGCAGCGACAUCUUCGCGGACGGGAAGGCCCCUUCCCGGGACUACCUUGGCGGGAUCCGCAAGCCUCCCGGCGGCGAGAGCAGCAUCGCGCUGGUCUAACAGCAGCAGCUGCUGCAGAAGCUACAGCAGCAACAACCUGAUGGACAUAGCAGCCCCUACCUCAUUCAUUUCCUCCUCAUCCCGUCGCCGUCCCUAGGAGUGAUCUUUUAGGAGUUUCUUUUUUUUUUCCUUCUUCCCCCAAGGACUGAUCGAUUGGAACCGCCGGUUUGCUUUCCUGUUUCCCGCGACUUCGCGCCAGGGUUUUCUCGUGAUCGUUGUUAAUCCCCCUCUGAUGGUGGUGGUGUGUGGGUGCGACAGCAACGAUGGUUGUCUCUAAUUUAACAUUGAUGAUUUGGUUUGCACUUUGUUGGUUGGCUGGUCGGUCGUGCCCAUGGCGUGGCGUACCUGAUGUAACAACAA